AAAUUCACCACUUCGGGUUGCCAUGCAAGAAAUUGCUGAAGGAUUGACGUGCUUGCAAGAAAAAAGUUUGUGGAUAAAACUUGCGAGGAGCACUUUCAUGGCAUCCGAAUCUUUUUCAAGAGACACCAUCUUCGAUCUCAAUGCAGACGAGAAGAAGCAUCCGGGGCGUUUCAGCCGGUCGCAGACAUUCGAGUUCAUCCGGGCAUAUCGCCAGUACGAAUGUCUCUGGAAUGUGGGUAUCCCGGAGUACAAUGACAAAGUGAUGCGCCACUUGGCACUAAGGUCUCUGGCCAAGGAGUUCCAGUUGACCCUCGAGUCUACCAAGAAGAAAAUUCAUGCCUUGCGCUCAACUUACCUGCAGAUGCGAGAUCGGGUGACUGAGCACAAGAACCACGAACCAACACUUUCGUGGUACUAUGAGAUGGAAUUUUUGGAUCCCGUGAUAACUCCUCGGAAGCCCAUGGAACUUAAGAAGAUCCGUUCGAGAUUUCCGCGGAAGCGUGUUCAUGAGAAAAUUGACCUAGAUCCGGAAGAUGAUGUUGAAGAAGUCCCAACGCAGUCAAUGAAAAUGGAGGAACUGGCUUACGAGGAGGAGACGGCCAAUUCAGAACAGGAAGAAGUCUAUAUUGAGUACAUUGAACAGGGUGGCAGGGAAGAGAGUUGUGACAUUCAGGAAGUCGAUCCUGGGACAAAGUACAUGAGCAUUCCGGAGUCUGAAGAAUCACCUCCAGCUGCUUCUGCAUCGUCCACUUCGCAGGAUGAAUUUGAUAUAUUUGGUCAGAGUGUGGCAGCUCAGCUGAAGACAAUGCCCCUGAUGCAUGCAAUUCCUCUUAUGGGACGCAUCCAGGGCGUAAUUUCGGAAUUCCGAAUGAAGUCACUCCAGUCAGCACAUAAAUAAAAACCUUUUAAUAAAUCUCUAUUAUUCUCUUUA